CUCCACUCUACAGUUGUGCCGCCUCGUCUCUCUCCUCUCUGCUGCGCCCCCCUAUCGUGCGUGAGCGUGAUUCUAUCCAGGAUUCUAGGGUUCGUUCGCCUCGUCUCGCGAUGGACAAGGGCAGCGUCGUCGUGCCCCCGGCCCCUGCCGCCGCCGCCGCGAAGAAGGCCAAGCGCUUCGAGAUCAAGAAGUGGAACGCCGUCUCUCUCUGGGCCUGGGACAUCGUGGUGGACAACUGCGCCAUCUGCCGCAACCACAUCAUGGACCUUUGCAUCGAGUGCCAGGCGAACCAGGCGAGCGCCACCAGCGAGGAGUGCACCGUCGCUUGGGGAAUUUGCAACCAUGCAUUCCACUUCCACUGUAUCAGCCGUUGGCUAAAGACCCGUCAAGUGUGCCCUCUUGACAACAGUGAGUGGGAGUUCCAGAAGUAUGGUCACUAGAGAGAAUGGCUUCGGCGUGGAGUUGCUUCAUCGUUUCUCGUCGUUUAGCAGUAGUGGUUACUGAAUAGAUUCUGGUGAACAUGCUAUGGAUCUGUAACGUUUCUGAAGCUCUGCCUUACUUGAAGCUGUAGGCGAAUACUCUGGUUAUGCCAUAUUCGUCCUUCAGGGCGCUGUUCAACAGCUCUUCCUCACAUGAAGCUGUAGACGAAUUACUCACUUUGCAGAAAUUAAUUGGUAAUUGUGGGCUAUGGGCUAGAGCAAUGUUUAGCUCUCCGUUUCCCUAUAUUGGCA